GGAGCUCUACCGCAAUUCGUAUAACCUGGUACUUCACAAGCACGGCGAUCUGCUCUACAGCGGCGUAGUGGGAGUCAUUACCGAGCACCUUCAGACUGUAACACAACAAGUGGCCUCUGUCUCAGAUGACAUGCUGCUCGUGGCGCUCAAUGAUCAGUGGGUUGAUCACCAGAUCGUCAUGACAAUGGUGCGCGACAUCCUCAUGUAUAUGGAUCGCACCUACGUCACGCAGAAGCGCAAGCUUCCAGUGUACGACAACGGGCUCUACAUCUUCCGGGACGUCAUCGUGCGUCACGACAGCGUACGUGACCGAGUGCGUGCUCGGCUACUGCUCAGUAUCGAGCGAGAACGACACGGAGAGCUAAUAGACCGAGAUCUCAUCAAGAGUGUGCUCCGCAUGCUCGUAGAUCUCGGUGUGCACUCCAAUACAGUGUACGAGAACGACUUUGAGAAGUUCUUCCUCGAUACAACGCUGGACUUUUACCGUGCUGAAGCCCAAUCCAUGCUGGAUGUGGCUACAUGUCCUGAGUAUUUGGAGAAGGCCGAGCAACGGCUGAAUGAAGAAGAACCAGGCGAAAGCUUUAGUGGACAUGGAGCAUUCAGGGUGUGUUGCGCUAUUCCGUGACGGUAAAACUCAGGCGCUGCGUAGGAUGUACUCACUAUUUCGACGCGUACCAAGCACGUUGCCUGAGAUCAGUGAAGCUGUGUUCCAGUACAUUAAAACGCAGGGAGACGAGAUUGUCAAGACCCAGUCGAACCCUGAGACGGCGUUGGAUGCGUCACAGUUUGUGGAAAAGUUGCUGGCAUUGCGUGAAAACUUCGUGGGUUUCUUGUCGGAUUGCUUUUUCGACGACCCGCAGUUCCACAAAUCUAUUAAGCAGGGCUUCGAGGCCUUUAUGAACACAAGCACAGUCUGUGCUGGAUACCUGGCACACUAUCUGGACGAGUUACUGCGCUCUAAGAAUCGGUUUGAAGAGGAGAUGGACACCCGCGUAACGCAAGUGAUCGCUCUGUUCCGAUAUCUACAGGACAAGGACGUCUUCGAGGAGUUCUACAAGGUUUUACUCGCCAAGCGUCUACUUAAUAGUCGCGGCACUUCGGACGAGGCGGAGAAGCUCGUUAUCUCGAAACUCAAGGCAGAAUGUGGGUACCAGUUUACGUCCAAACUAGAGGGAAUGUUCAAGGAUAUGAGUAUUUCCAAGGACCUCAUGGAGCUGUACAGGAAGUCCGGGUAUGACACCCGAGGCAGCGGUUUUGGCGUUGAUGUGUCUGUCGCCCCAAUGCCGUUGUCUGUGCACGUACUCACAAGCGGUUUCUGGCCCACGGAAAUGGCUCCUUUGUGUGAUCUUCCCCCGGAACUCGUCCAGUUGACAGAGGCAUUCGAGUCGUUCUAUUACGCACGACACAAUGGGCGGAAAUUGGCGUGGAUGGCAAACAUGGGUACAGUUGACGUUCGAGCCACAUUUUCAGCGGGUGUGGAGAACGAUAAACGUCGUCAUGAGUUAAAUGUGUCCACGUAUCAAGCUGUGAUUUUGAUGCUGUUCAACCAGCGCUCUGAAUGGCGUUUCAAGGAGCUAUUGGAGCGCACGCGAAUUGACGUAAAGGACCUGAAGCGACAUCUAAUUUCUCUCUGCACGCCGAAGUACAAGAUUUUGAUCAAGAGUUCAAAGGGCAAGCGCAUCGACGAAGAGACCGAUUUAUUCACAGUCAAUGACUCGUACAAGUCCAAGCUGCAUCGCGUACGGAUACCGCUGGUGUCUCAAAAGGAGACGUCGCUGUUGCCAGCCGUGGCGUCAAGUACAGCCAGUCCAACGGACGCGUUGCCACCUACUGUUGCUGAGGACCGCAAGCAUCUCAUUGAGGCCUCCAUCGUUCGUAUCAUGAAGACACGCAAGCAGAUGCAACACAACCAACUCAUUGCUGAGGUUACACGCCAGAUGGCCGGUCGCUUCACGCCUUCCCCACAACUCAUCAAGCUGCGUAUCGAGAGUCUGAUCGAGCGCGAAUAUCUCCAGCGCAGCACCACGGAUCGACGAAUGUACAACUAUUUAGCCUAAGAAGUACAAGUGGACGAGAGCCAUCGGGUGCAACAAGCUCCAAAGCCGCGACGAGCGAUAACAAUUUAGAGACUGAAGAGCUCCACAAGAGAGGAGGAACGCAUCAAAAUUGACGAUUCAUUUC